ACACACACACACACACACACACACACACACACUGUACUGUGAGUUCACACAAAAAUAAUGCUUUUAUCUGUAAUACAGCGCACAGGUCACGCGCCAGUGCUCACGGAUAUCCGGUUCAGAGAUUAGAUUAAAAGAUUAAAAGAUAAAUGUUCAAGUCGGUUUGCGGUAAAAGUCGGAUUGUAUUUGGGGCAAAGUCUUAUUUUAGCACAUUAAACUGUAUAAAUGAUGUGUUUGUAAUACUUAGUUCUAAUCUUUACUUUUUCACAGUUUUAUCACAGAGGACUUUCACAGAUCAUGGACUCAGGAAAUCCUCCUUCACCGAGAGGAAGAAGGCGUCCGUGGGUCGUCUGUUCCGUCCGUCUGAGAGCAGUGACAGGAAGAGUGCAGGGAUUCCCGAGGUCAGAGAGACGGAGAGCGGCAAGGAGAAGGACGGCGUGAAACCCGGGGCCGAGAGCGGCGAUGAUGCCGAGAUCUCCUCCGUGGUGGGAUGGGGUCGCGUCACGCGGUUCGUCCAGAAGCUCGGCAAAACUCCAGACAGCCAGAGCCUCGGUCUGAGCCACUGCGACCUGACCGCCACAGACGUGGUGGAGCUGGGAACCCUGCUGCCGUUCCUCACCCAGCUGGAGGUCCUGGAUCUCUCCUGGAACGAUCUGCUCGGUUCUUCUCUGAAAGCUCUGACCGUCCACAUGCAGCACGUCAGCAAGCUGAAGGUUCUGAAACUGAGCGGCUGCAGGCUCGUGGCCGAAGACCUCCGAGAUCUGGGAGAGACUCUGGAUCGUGUUCCUUUGUUGGAAAUGUUGGAUUUGUCCUGGAACGCUGGGAUCGGAGGAGGAAAUCUUCAUCUACUCGCCGAACACCUCCACUUUACCGGCUCUCUGAGGGAGCUUCAUCUGCUCGACUGCCAGCUUUCAGAGACGGACAGUGUGGCACUGGCUGAGGCGCUUUUACUCUUGCCGUGUCUGGAGGUUUUGGAUUUGUCUAAUAACAAGCUGCUGGUGAGUGCCUUGGAGAACAUCGGCUCUUCUCUGAGCUCCACUCCACAGCUGAAGACUCUGAAGAUGAGCAGGUGUGGACUGAAUCAGGAAAGCCUCUCUAUCCUCGGAGAGAAGAUGAAGUUCCUGGUGGGUUUGGAGCACCUGGACGUCUCGUGUAAUAAAGAGUGUGGAGGUGGAUUCGGCACCAUGGCGUCCAGUUUGUCUUUCCUCACACAUCUGAGAUGUUUGGACCUGCACAUGUGCUGUCUGACGGAGGAGGACGCUCGGACGCUGGUCCAGGUUAUUCCUGCUCUCAGUGAACUCUCUGAACUUGAUCUGUCUUGUAACAAAAGUAUUGGCACCGUGCUCCGGUAUCUCUUCCCUGUCCUUCCCCUCUACAAGCUGAAGACACUUCACCUGAGCGGCUGCAGUCUGAGUCCUGAGGCCUGUCCGGCUUUAGCUGCCAUCAUGCCGUCACUCUCACAGCUGCAGAGUCUCAGUGUGUCGUGGAAUAAAAGUGUUGGUGGAAGUCUGCAGCAGUUUGUGGAGCAUCUCCAGGUGGACUGUAAACUGGAGGAACUGAAGCUGAGUAGCUGUGACCUGAACACUGAAGACCUGCUGCACUUACAAUCAGCAUGUAAACGUGGAGCUUUGUCGAAUCUGAAGCUUUUAGACAUUUCGUAUAACGGCCAUGUGGGAGACGCUGGCUGGGUCUCACUCUUCAGAGAAGCAGGAGCGCUGAAACACCUGCAGGAGCUGGACAUCAGCCUGCGUCCUGGCGCCUGCAUGUCUGCGUCUGUGUGGAUUUCGGCUAUGAUGGACGCUCUUCCUCAGCUGUCGUCGCUCCGGCGUGUGUCUAUACGGCGCUGGACUCUCGGCUCCGAGGAGAGACACAAACUGGAGAAGAGCCUGAAGAAGAGGAACACCGUGCUGGAGAGUGAUAACAUGAACACGCAGAACGUUGCAGGUUAA